GUUAAGUAACGUGAGGGGGAAGGGGGGCAGGCUGGAGAGGGGAACGGCCGCUGCUGGAACAGCUCAGGGACUAACAGGCAGAGCAGCCGACGACAGAGAGAGAGCUGAGGGAAUGAAAUCCGCCAGAAUCCGCCUCCAUCCUCCUCGACCCGGACCUCAAACCCACUGACAACCACCGGAUCAGGACCUCCACAGAACCAGCUACAGGACCAGCCCAGGAUCGGUGACGACUCGCAACCAUGGAGCUGAGAGUGGGGAACAAGUACCGGCUGGGGCGAAAGAUAGGGAGCGGCUCCUUUGGUGAUAUUUAUCUGGGCGCCAACAUCGCCACCGGUGAGGAGGUCGCCAUCAAGCUGGAGUGUGUGAAGACCAAACACCCACAGCUGCACAUUGAGAGCAAGUUCUACAAGAUGAUGCAAGGAGGAGUGGGUAUCCCGUCCAUAAAGUGGUGCGGCGCAGAGGGAGACUACAACGUGAUGGUGAUGGAGCUGCUUGGUCCCAGUCUUGAGGACCUCUUUAACUUCUGCUCCCGGAAGUUCAGCCUGAAGACGGUGCUGCUGCUGGCCGAUCAGAUGAUCAGCCGCAUCGAGUACAUCCACUCCAAGAACUUCAUCCAUCGGGAUGUGAAGCCCGACAACUUCCUGAUGGGGCUCGGUAAGAAGGGCAACCUGGUCUACAUCAUCGACUUCGGCCUCGCCAAGAAGUACCGGGACGCCCGCACGCACCAGCACAUCCCUUACCGGGAGAACAAGAACCUGACCGGCACGGCACGCUACGCCUCCAUCAACACACAUCUGGGAAUCGAGCAGUCCAGGCGUGACGACCUGGAGUCUCUGGGCUACGUCCUCAUGUACUUCAACCUGGGCUCCCUCCCCUGGCAGGGCCUCAAAGCCGCGACCAAGAGACAGAAGUACGAGCGGAUCAGUGAGAAGAAGAUGUCCACGCCCAUCGAGGUUCUCUGCAAAGGUUACCCCUCUGAGUUCUCCACGUACCUGAAUUUCUGUCGCUCGCUCCGUUUUGACGACAAGCCGGACUACUCGUACCUUCGACAGCUCUUCAGGAAUCUCUUCCACCGCCAGGGUUUCUCCUACGACUACGUCUUUGACUGGAACAUGCUCAAGUUUGUAAGUGGAGCGAGUCGGACGGCUGAGGACGGAGACCGGGAGAGGAGGGCGGGAGAUGAUAAGGACGAGCGGAUUGGAGGAGCCCCUCGGGGGUCUGCAUCGCGGGGUCUUGCCCCGGGUCCGACCCCCGGAGCUGCCAACAGAGUCCGGAACGGGCCGGAGCAGGCCAUCUCCAACCCGGCCUCACGGGUCCAGCAGUCUGGGAACACGUCGCCUCGCGCUAUUUCUCGCGCAGAGAGAGAGAGGAAGGUGAGCAUGCGGCUCCACCGAGGAGCUCCUGCCAACGUGUCGUCCUCUGACCUCACCCGUCACGACCAAUCAAGAAUCUCCACGUCACAGGUCAGCGUGCCGUUCGAGCACAUGGGGAAAUAAAAGUCUCUGGCUCUGCAUGCACAUGAACCUGACAGGGCUGCAAAGUAUACUCAUCGUUUGAUUACUUUCCUUUGUUUUUACCUUGUCUUAUGAAAAGAUGAUUGCCAAUGGACUCAUGGAUCUUUGGAAACAGACUUUACUUCUUUUAAAGGAUCCAAAGGAGUCCACCGAGAGUCUCCAACAUGCACUCUUUUAUGAACCCUCUUUGUCGAGCUGUGUGGUCGCCACCGCCACGAAAAUCCAAACGACCAGUCCAGCGUUGUUCCUCCACGGCCGAUCCGACCCGCUCCACUCCUCCUCCAAACAUUCCCUCAGAACUAAUCUGACUAAUGUGAAGAGCUGCAGAAGCAUCAAGAAGCAAAAAAGGUUUCAUGGACACGCGCAUGUAAUCCAAGCCGGACGUCACGGGCGGUGCCGACGUCGUGCAAAUUUAACAACUUUCAGUAACUUCAGCAGAUCUUUGUAGAGAACAUCCUGACCCCAGCGUGUUCUGAGUGUCCUCUCUGCUGAUGAACAGCAGAUGGAGACGUAGGGAGAGGCAGACGAGGGCGUGGAGGGUGAAAUAGAAACAGAUAAGUACGUGAUGUCUCGGCUGUCGCAGAGUAACGUUCCUGGUUAAGUAGCAAAACGGCGCUUGCUUGCACUUCUUUCAUGUUUUGGUCGUUUCCCGUCCCUCAGAUCUCUCCACAUAAACCCGCACCGCCCUGCAUCUCUCUGCCUGCUCGGACUUUGGUGUUUUUCUCUGGCGUCAGUGUGAGGGGGAGGGGGGAGGGGGUGGGGGGGUAAGGUGAAGAAUGAACAUAGAUAUUGCAAAGACACACUCCGUGAUCUUGAGGGAAGCUCCUCAGGAAGUCCUCGGUGUAUUUGAGACCACAGCGGCUCCGAAAAACGUGGCUGCAAUUUUUAUGAGAGUUCUUAAUGUUACCUUUUUUAUUCUUUUGUUAUCAGAGGUCAGAGGUCAGGGCAGCAGAUUUUAGGGAUGACUCAUAGGGGACAUCCUCUUAUUAUUAUUAUUUUUUAAAUGUUUACUUCACUGUAUAUAUUUUUUAUUUUGAUGUAAAUCCAAAAUGUGGUCCUCUUCUUUGUUUUUAGGUGUAAACAGAAAUUCAUACUAAUGAUGAGUCGGGCCGGUUUCAGGAUGAGGGGUGUUUUGAGUAAAGUGGUUACUGUGCCAGCUGGGUCACCUAACAGUGUGUGUGUGUGUGUAUGUGUGUGUGAGAUAGAGAUGCUGUAAAUCCCUGCUCAGAAUACAUGAUCCACGUCGUCUUUGAUUGUUUUCAUCACUGUUUUAUUUAUUUAAACUGUUUGUUUUUUAAUCGUCUGUGUUUUUUGUUUUUUAAUCUUAUUCUGUCGUCCUCAUCUUUCUGUAACUUUGUAGAUUUAUCUCUUUGUUUGUUUUUUACCUGCUCUCUGUUGUUUGUGUUAAAAGCUCGUCCUCCUCGUCACAUACAGGGCUUCUUCUUCUUCUUCUUCUUCUUCUUCUGCAAAAACGAUAUGCCAAUAAUAAUUUGAUGUCACCUUUUUUGGAUUUCAACCUCCAGCAACCUUGAAAAACGUCAUAAAAUGAACCAACUGAUGCAAAUUGCAGGGAUGUGUAAAUAGCCGUGUAUCAUGUAAUUACCUUUGUACAGGCCGGUCUGACCCAGCGGCACGCUAACUGUUGCUUUAGGGACGAGUGGAGGAGGUGGAGGAGGAGGAGGUGGAGGUGAUGGGGUUCACUUUCUGUAUGGUGUGCUGAUAUCUUGUACAGUUCUUUAACACUUUAUUUACAACAGUAUUUGUGUAUAUUUUAUGAAGUAAUAAAAAUUAAUAACGUUGCUCACAA